AUGUACAUGCGAUUUUUCAGGUCUCAAUAUGGCCACCGCCAAAGCAGCCCUCGACGAGCUGCACCCCAACUCCCCGCCAAGGCCAACGAUCCCAACAUCUACACCCUCGGCUCCAUCUAUGGCCACAAUAUUGUCAUCGCCUGCCUCCCCUCCGGCGUCUACGGCACCACCUCCGCUGCCAUCGUCGCCUCUCAUAUUACCACUACCUUCUCAGCUCUCCGCUACAGCUUAGUUGUUGGCAUCGGCGGCGGCGUCCCCCACCCCAGCACGACUGAUAUCCGUCUAGGUGAUAUAGUAGUCAGCAAACCCACCGGCACAACAGGCGGCGUAAUCCAGUACGACUACGGCAAGACCAUAACAAAUGGUCGAUUCCACCGCACAGGAUGUCUGAAUAAACCUCCCGCGGAACUAUUAGCCGCGCUAGCGACCCUCGAAUCCGACCAUAUCCUCGGUCAGUCGGCUGUACCUGCGCAUUUGGCCAAAAUUCAAGCGCGAUUCCCAGCUUUUGCGUCUCCCGGUCUGCAACAUGAUUUCCUCUUUGACCCCUUAUAUCCGCAUAUCGGGGACAGCUUAGAUGAAUGUCAAUCUAUGUGCGACAGUGGUCGUCUUAUUCCCCGGUCGCAGCGGGAUCUUGCCGAUCCACGGGUACAUUAUGGACUAAUUGCGUCGGGAAACCGGGUUAUGCGUGAUGCCGUGACGAGAGAUAGCAUUGCACGUCAGCUAGAGGGCGUGCUGUGUUUUGAGAUGGAGGCUGCCGGGCUAAUGGAUCAUUUUCCUUGCUUGGUUGUGAGGGGAAUUUGUGAUUAUGCCGAUUCGCAUAAGAGUAAGCGUUGGCAGGCGUAUUCGGCUGCUACUGCUACCGCGUUUGCGAAGGAGUUGUUGGGUGUUAUUCCUUUGCAGGAGAGGAGGGAGGAAAAUGCUGCUACUCAGGAGGGGAAGGGGAAGCGGUUGAAGCAGGUAUGA